CUUCCACUCCUCUCUAGCCAUGCUCAAAGUGGUGUAGGAACCCAUUCUCUCAUACACCCCAAAACCCAUUCUCUCAUACACCCCAAAACCCAUCUGUCUUUCUCUUCUCUCUCAUUGAUUCUUACACAUCCACCACCAUGGCUAGAGCUCUAGCCCUAAUGGUUUGCCUUCUAGGACUGGUGCUUAGCACCCAAGUGGCCACAUCUGAGGCGCGAGCCUUCUUUGUGUUCGGUGACUCUUUAGUGGACAAUGGCAACAAUGAUUAUCUUGCGACCACGGCUCGAGCCGACAACCCCCCUUACGGCAUCGACUACCCUACCCACCGUCCCACCGGACGCUUCUCCAAUGGCCUCAACAUCCCUGACAUUAUCAGUGAAAACAUGGGUACUGAACCCACAUUGCCUUACCUCGCCCCUGAGCUUACCGGUCAGAAGCUUCUUGUCGGUGCCAACUUCGCAUCGGCUGGGAUCGGCAUCCUUAAUGAUACUGGCAUUCAGUUUUUGAACAUUAUAAGAAUCAGCAAGCAAUUGGAAUAUUUCCAACAAUACCAACAGAGGGUCACAACCCUCAUUGGAGCUGCCCAAACCCAAAGAUUGGUGAACCAGGCCCUGGUGCUAAUUACCUUGGGGGGCAACGAUUUUGUCAACAAUUACUACCUCGUGCCCUACUCGGCGAGAUCGCGCCAGUUCUCACUCCCUGACUAUGUUCGGUACCUCAUCCCUGAGUACAGUAAAAUUCUCGCGAGGCUCUACGAGCUUGGAGCAAGAAGGGUGUUGGUGACUGGCACUGGACCGAUGGGGUGUGUCCCAGCAGAGCUGGCAAUGAGGAGCCGGAACGGGCAAUGCGAUCCUGAGUUGCAGAGGGCAUCUGCCCUCUUUAACCCCCAACUCGUUCAGAUGCUUGGACAGCUUAAUAACCAGUUUGGCAGCAAUGUCUUUAUUUCCGCUAAUGCUUUCAACAUGCACAUGGACUUCAUCUCUAAUCCUGGAGCAUUUGGGUUUGUGACAUCGAAGGUGGCUUGUUGUGGGCAAGGACCUUACAACGGAUUGGGACUCUGCACUGCCCUCUCUAACCUUUGCGCUGAUCGAAGCAAGUAUGCGUUUUGGGACCCAUUCCACCCAAGUGAGAGCGCAAGCAGGAUCAUUGUGCGUCAGUUCAUGACUGGUACCACAGAGUACAUGCACCCCAUGAACUUGAGCACUAUCCUUCAAAUGGACAACUACUGAGAUCUCUCUCUCUCUCUGCCUCCUUCAAAUGGAGAACUGAGCUCUGAUCUCUCUCUCUCUCUUUGUCUAUGUGGGUGUUGAAGUAGUAUGUUUUCUCUUUGUUGGUGUGAAUUUAUAAGAUUUGGAAGUCAAGGUGUAUUGAAUUUUAAGCACUCAGUUUGUUAUGAGAGAGGGCUGCUCUCAAUAUGUGUGCACCAAAAGGAGCAUGUGUAAUAAGCAAUUUGUGCAAGUCAUAAAAUGUUUGAUGUUCUUCCCUCCAUGUGUUUGAGAUUUAAAUUAAGUGCCAUCCAAUGAUGAUGAAUAUGAUCCCAA